CGUCUGUCAGAGCUGACAAUUUUUAUGUUUUGUUAUAUUUUUUUAACCUCAAUCUAAAAAUUUUAUUCAAUUCUCUUGGUGCGCCUCCAUCAGUUAAAAUUAAAUUUCGUGUAUUAAUUUAACAAUUAGGAUAUUGUAAUGCAAAGAGCCGCGAGCAGGAUGCACUCCCGCCAUUCGUUCAUACAGCCCCAGGAAUCUGGACUCUCUGGCGACUUUGAGGAUCCACGAAAGCGGGGCAUCUUGCGGAACACCAGCUGUCAUUCGUAUCGGCAACAGCUGCGGAGCACCGAACAAACGAACAUGGUACAGGGCCUGAUGAUAGUCACGGGCAUGGCCACAGUGCUGGUGGUGCUGUGGUUCCAUAGCAUGGAGUCGUCGCCAGCCGAUGAGCUAGGCCAGGCUUCAGGCUUAUCCGGCACACUAGAGGCCCUGUGGCUCGGCGUGUCGGGCCUCCUGGGCCUGGGCAGCCACUGUGCGGGCGCCCAAGACGAAUUUCCGGUAGAUGGAUCACUGCACACUUAUCACUGCAACCAGCGUCUGGACACCAUGCGAAUGUUUCGCCAAAUUGGCAAGCAGGUGCUCAACCAGGAGCAGGCACUGGCGCGCCUGGAACGCUCCGUUAAAAGCGAAAGGCCAUUGAAAUCCGUGGCGCUGCUGGGUCCGCCCGGCGUGGGAAAAACGCUUACGGCAAUGGCAUUAAGGCAACAGUUCCCCUGGCCGGAGAAUGUGCACACCUACUCGUGGAGCACCUAUGUGCCGGAUGGCGCUCACAAGUUUAACAUGAUGCGUAACUUUGUCGAGCAGCUAUCCGACUGCGGCCAGAAUUUGCUGAUCAUUGACAAUAUGUCGCCCUGCGAUCACAGCUUUGUACCCAUCUAUAACAGGCUGCUGCAUGAGCGCGAGGGUGAUCCCACUGUGGCAGCCAACCAAACUGUGCUCGUGGUAUACAUCUUCAAUCUGGAUAUGCAAUACUAUUGGCAACAAUUUGAGCUCCUGCAGCAGCUGCCCAUGGACACAACUAUCAUUAACUAUCGCCCCUUUGAACGUGCCGACCUGUUAACCUGCCUAGAGAACGAGUUGCGCUUGGAGCAGCGUACCCUGGACGAAAACACACUCUCUUACAUAGUUGAGGAAGCACUGCUCGAUGUCGAGGAAAUGGGCUGCAAGCGUAUUCGUCAGCUCCUAAUACAAAACGGUCUUUCAGAUCAAAAGUAAGCCAAGCUCAACCAGACCAAACAAAUCCACACCACGCCAAAUCGUGUUAGUAUAUAGUUUUCGUCUAC